AUUUGGAUUCUUCUUUCACAAAAGUGGAAAAUUGAAACCAUCUUAACUAUGCAGUGUUGGUCAUCCUCCUUCAAGUAUAUCAUAUCUAGUGGUUUGAAACUAAUAUGGAAACGAUCUUUUUGGGAAAAAGCCCAAGAAUAUGGUUCCAAAACUGCCAUCGUUUCUAGGAAAAAUAACUAUUCAUACCAUCAGUUGUUACGUGAUGCCAAACAGAAAGCGUUGUUGUUAGCAGGUGGUAAGGAUUUGGAACAAGCACGAGUAGCCGUAUUGGUACCUCCUUCUUAUGCUUAUGUGUCAUGGCAGUGGGCUAUAUGGUUAUCUGGGGGAGUAUUUGUACCACUGAGUCCUUCUCAUCCACAAGAAGAAUUGGAAUAUUUCGUUCGCGAUGCGGAAGCCACACACAUUGUUGUAUCAGCAGAGUUUCAAGAUAAGUUGACGCAACUGGCUGGAGAAUAUUGUUUACCUUAUUUAAGAGUGAGUCCAGUGGAUGGUAGUUUGUUGAUGGGUUCAGAAAGAAAGAAGCCGAAUGUGGACACCAUCGAGUUUCCAGUCAUCGAUAAGAAACGCAAUGCGAUGAUUAUUUAUACAUCGGGAACGACGAGUCGACCCAAAGGAGUGUUGUAUACUCAUGAUAUGAUUGAAGCUCAAAUCAAGUCAUUAGUGGAAGCUUGGCAAUGGACUUCAAGUGACCACAUUUUGAAUGUUUUGCCGUUACACCACGUUCAUGGCAUCGUCAAUGUGGUUUGUUGUGCACUUUAUUCGGGUGCUACGUUGGAAAUGAUGGAAAAGUUUCAAGCUCAACCGGUGUGGGAACGUUGGAUGUUGAACUUGAUACCUCAAGGAUCCCAUAUCAGUUUAUUUAUGGCAGUUCCUACCAUUUAUCAUCGACUGAUUCAAAUGUAUGACGCAGCACCACCAGGUAUUCAACCUUUGUUAUCGGAUGCUGCCAAAUCGUUGCGAUUAUUUGUAAGUGGCUCAGCAGCUUUACCAGAAACAACAUUUCAUAGAUGGAAAGCUAUUACGGGUCAUCUCAUAUUGGAACGUUAUGGAAUGACGGAAGUGGGUAUGGCGUUAUCCAAUCCGUUGAAAGAAGAAGAAAGAAGACCAGGUUGGGUUGGUUAUCCAUUACCUGGUGUACAAGUUCAACUCAAAGAUGAAGAAAGCAAUCAGUGGAUUACCGAAAAAGCUGGAAGAGGAGAGUUGUUGAUAAAAGGUCCCAAUGUAUUUCGUGAAUAUUGGAAUCGACCCAAAGCAACUGCUGCUGCAUUUGAAAAGGGUUAUUUUUUAACAGGAGAUAUAGCACAACGAGAUGAAAGUGGAUUUUAUCAAAUCAUAGGUAGAUCAAGUGUGGAUAUUAUUAAGAGUGGUGGAUACAAAUUGUCAGCGUUGGAAAUAGAACGAGUCUAUUUGCAACAUCCAGCGAUUCAACAGUGUACUUGUGUCGGUAUUAAGGACGACGAGUGGGGAGAGUCUGUUGGGUUAGUGAUUGUGUUGAAGGAUGGACAAGGCGAUGACGUGAGCUUGGAAGAGUUGAGAGAAUGGGGAAAGGAUAAGUUGGCACCUUACAAGCUUCCUAAAAAAGUAAAAGUAGUGAAAGAAAUACCAGUAAAUGCGAUGGGCAAAGUACAAAAGAAACAAGUAGCUCAAGAAAUGUUUGGUUAAGACUCGAUCAUACUUUUAUCCGUUACAAAGUG